AUGUGGCGUAUCCAGGCUAUGACUGCUAACAGGAGUAGGAGGAGUAGUGGUGCUGAUGACAUCGUUGAGGCUAUUCACCGGAUGGUGGAUGCGAUGCAGCCACCCAUAGCAGCGCAGCCUAGAACGGUAAUUGCACCAAUCAGGGUGCCGACCAUGGAGGACUUCUUGUGCCACAAGCCAGCGGAAUUCACUGGCAAAGCCUCUCCUAAUGAAGCGGAUGCAUGGCUCUGCAAAUGCGAGAAGAUUUUUAGGGUGAUGAACUGUGAAGAUGAGCAGAAGCUUCUGUUUGCUACCUAUCUGCUGAAUGAGGAUGCAGAAUAUUGGUGGACAGAUAUGCAACAACAGAUGGAGACUCGGGAAGAGCCGGUGACGUGGGCCAACUUCAGGACUCGUUUCCUAGAGAAAUACUUUCCAGAUAUAGCUAGACAGGACAAGGAAGCUGAGUUCCUUGCACUGCAGCAAGGGGAUAUGUCAGUGCAAGAGUAUGUCAACAAGUUUAAGCAUCUGGCGAGAUACUACUCGCAGAACAUUACUAAGGAGUGGAGGUCCUUGAAGUUUGAGCGAGGACUCAAACAUGAGUUGAAGAAGGUGGUGACACCCUUGAGAGGGAGAAGAUUCCCAGUCUUGGUGGAACAGGACAAGAGUGUUGAGCAUUUGGAGAAGGGCCCUGGUCCAGUUGUGAGCAGACAUCAAAAAAAUUUCGUUGAGGCUAAGCAGAUGAAAAAGCCUUACAACCGACCACAGCUGUCAGGUGGAGUAGGAGGGUCAAGCGAUUGUCGCAAGUGUUUUAUAUGCGACAAACUGAGACACUUUGCCAAUAGUUGUCAUGAAAAGAAGAGUCCUGGCGCGAAGAAACCAGCAGCAUCGCCAGCAAAACAAGCUAGAGCAGUUGGCAGAGUCUUUGCCCUAACCACCACUGAGGCUACACAGUUGGGUAAUCUUAUUCUUGAACCUUGUGUAUUGUUUGGUAAAGUAGUAUUGGUGUUGUUUCAUUCCGGAGCAACACAUUCCUUUAUUUUUGAUGCAUGUGUCUCAAAUCUGAGCUUGGAAAAACGUGACUUAGAUUGUGAGUUGUUGGUUUCAACUCCAUCUUCGGGUCAGGUGGCUACCAGUUCGGUCUGUGUAGGUUGCUUAAUGGAAGUGGUGGGCCGCAGGUUCAAGGUGAAUCUCAUCUGCUUGCCAAUGGAGGGCUUGGAUGUAAUUCUGGGAAUGGAUUGGUUGUCGGGCAAUCACGUUGUUAUUGAUUGCGAAAGACGUAGUGUGAUUUUUCCAGAGACCUUGAGGCUAGAGUUGAUAUCAGCUCAAAAGGCGAUUAGGGUGGCUAGAGACGAGAUUCCAGAAUUGUCACCGAGUAGGGAUGUGAAUUUCUCUAUUGAUCUCAUCCCUGGAGCGAGACCAGUUUCUAUGGCACCAUACAGAAUGGCGCCAACCGAGUUAGCUGAACUGAAGAGGCAGAUUGAAGACCUGCUUGAAAAGAAGUUCAUCAGACCGAGUGCGUCACCGUGGGGAGCACCGAUAUUGUUAGUGAAGAAAAAGGAUGGCAGUUCCAGAUUGUUUGUUGACUAUAGACAAUUGAAUAAGCUGACCAUAAAGAAUAAGUACCCAUUGCCGAUGAUUGAUGACUUACUAGAUCAGCUGAAGGGAGCUGCGGUGUUCUCAAAGAUAGAUUUGAGGUCUGGGUAUCAUCAGAUCUUGGUCAAGCUAGAGGAUGUGCAGAAGACGGCUUUCAGGUCACGCUACAGGCAUUAUGAAUAUGUGGUCAUGCCGUUUGGGGUGACGAAUACUCCUGCGAUCUUCAUGGAUUACAUGAACAGAAUUUUCCGGUCGUACUUGGAUCAGUUUGUCGUUAUGUUUAUUGACGACAUACUCAUAUAUUUUGAGAGCCGGGAGGAACACACAGAUCACCUGAGAGUGGUGCUGGAAAUCCUCAGGGAGCAACAACUGUAUGGGAAACUAUCGAAGUGUGAAUUUUGGCUCGAGGAGGUACAGUUCUUGGGUCAUGUAAUAUCAGCCCAGGGGAUAGCAAUGGAUCCAGCCAAGAUUCAAACAGUGGUGAAAUGGGAGAGACCGUAG